AUGGUGACACCAGCAAUACGAGUUGGGAAGGACAUAAUUGGAUGUUUGAGGAGCAAAUAUGGUCAUGUAAGAAAUCUCAGUGAAAACAUUGCGAAGCUGGAACAAGAAGAAAGAUAUCUCUUUAGUAAAGAGACAGAUGUAAUAACAAUGUUGGACAGAAAAGACCAAAUAAUGGAGAGGACACGUGAAUGCACAACCUGGCUGGAUGAGGCUCACGAAAUGAAAGGCAAACUCCGAGAAUUGAGGAACAAGUACCAGAAUAUCAGUAGAUGCUUUUGUGGACUCUGUCCAUUUCAUUCUCUCCUAAAGCUUGGCAAAACUGUAGUGACAAAGACUGAGGAGGUAAUUGCUUUAAAGAGUCGAGUAGAGCAAAUAACUAUAAUGAUUGAAAGGGCACCAAUGUCAGUGGUUCCAAUAAUAAGGAAGCAUCCAGAGAAGAUAGAUAAUGUUCCAUCACUUAAUGAGCAUGUCAAAACACUACUAAAGUUGCUCAACGAUGAUAAUUUGAAGAGAAUUGGCAUAUGGGGACUACCAGGAGUGGGCAAGACAACAGUAAUGGAAAACCUGAACAACAAAGUCCGUGAAACUCAACUGUUUGACAAUGUCUUUUGGGUAACUCUUUCAAAAGGGGAGAGUGUGAGAAAGAUACAACUAGUUCUUUUAGAGCAGUUAAAACUUGAGGUGAAAGGGAUCCAUGACAGAGACAGUGAUCAAAUAGCAGACAUGAUAUCCGAAGCCUUGGUUAACAAGAGGUAUCUGCUGCUUCUUGAUGAGGUUUUCUUAGAGAUUAAUCUGAAAGAAGUUGGCAUUCACGAUGACCAUGAACAUGGAGCAGUAGUAUUUGCAUACAGAGAUAGAGAUUUUUGUCGUUUAAUAGAUGAUCAUAUUAAGAUUGAAAGAUUAUCCAAUGAUGAUGCCAGAAACUUGUUUCGAAAAAUAGUAGGAGAUAUCAUUGAUGGACCAAGCUACAAGAAAAUUGCAGACAGAUUACUCAAGAAGUGCGGUGGGAUGCCACAAGUGAUCAAGUUGAUAGCAGAUAGCUUGAGAAAUGAGGAUGACCCAUCUGUGUGGCGGCAACUGUUAUCUGACAUGCAGUCACCAGGCACGGAACCAGUGCAAGAAAUGCAAGAACUCUACAAGGCAUUUAAACUUAUUUAUGACAAAUUACCUGUGGAUGAGAAGCCUUGCCUAUUGUAUUGGGCAUUUUUUCCCCCAGACUAUGAAGUUUACCAGGAGUACCUAAUUGAGUGCUGGAAAGCUGAACAAUUUAUUGAUGAAGCUAGAAAGCUUGGAAAGGCUCGUGACAAAGGACAUGCUAUAAUAAGGGAAUUUGAAAAGAAAUCUAUGUUGGAAAGGGGUGAUGGUGAAGAGAUAGAAGAACAACCAUUCGAGGAAGAAUGGGAAGACGUGCGAAGGGUCUCAUUGAUCGGUCAGAAAUUAUGUAAUCUACCUAAUAAACCUGCAUGUAGUAAUAUCUCAACAUUACUACUACAAAAAAACCCAAGCUUGACAAAAAUUCCAGAAUCAUUCUUUGAAUACAUGUGUGGCCUCCGAGUUCUGGAUUUGUAUGAUACAAGGAUCAUGUCACUGCCAUCAUCUAUUUCCAGAUUGAUAAAUCUAAGGGUUCUAUAUCUAAACAAUUGUGGUGAAUUAAUGGAGUUGCCUCCUCAGCUAGAGAAACUAAAGAGUCUUGAAAUCCUUGAUCUACGCUGCACAGGAAUUCUCACCUUGCCUGAAGAGCUUGCGCAAUUGACUGGUCUGAAGUGUCUGAGAGUUUCAUUUAAACAGAAUUUCGGUUGUCUCAAUCACAUCAAUGGCAAACCAAAAGAUCUGAUUCCUUCUAAUGUAAUUGCAUGUCUUUCUUCAUUACAAGAGUUGAGCAUUGAUGUGGACUUCAAAAACCAAAGUUGGAACCAGAUUGUAGAUAGGGUAGCUGAGGAAGUUGCUAGUUUGAAGGCAUUGACAAGACUUUGUUUCUACUUUCCUAAACUCAGCUGCUUUGAAACUUUCAUUGAGAACAGCAAAUCGUGGAAAAGAAAUAGCAUGGGGUGGGAAGAUAAUGGCUUUAGAUCAUUCAGAAUCCUAGUUGGCAAUCACAAGGCAUUUAAGCAUUUAAGAUUUUCUGCUGGAGAAGAAGAUAUUCCAUUUGCACUUUCAAAGAUACUCAAUAAAGCUCUUAGUUUUGAACUCAUUGGUCAUCAUUGUGCUAAGAACUUAUCAGUAAUUGGCACUAAAUACUUGAAAGAGGUGGAAGCUUGUACAAUUGAAGAAUGCAAUGAAAUAGAAAGCAUCAUUGAUGGUACCAUAGCAACUGGUGUCUUGUUUGAAUUCUUGCAAAAGCUACAUCUAAUCAACCUCCCAAACCUGGUGAGUAUUUGCAGAGGCUCAAUUGACUCAACAAGCCUCACUAAACUCACAACUUUGACACUGAAAAGCUGUCCAAAGCUAAACUGCCUUUUCCCAGGAGAUAUGAUUCAGUUACUGUGCCACUUGCAAGAUUUGCAAGUUGAGGAUUGUUUUGAGAUUAAAAAGAUCAUUGAAGAGGGAAGCAUAGUUCAGUAUGAAUCCCUUCCCAGAUUGAAGAAUAUUGAACUCCACAACCUACCAAGAUUAUUUAGUGUAUGCGAGUAUAAUUCGUUUGAAUGGCCCUCUUUGGAGAUUAUGAAGAUCAAGACUUGUCUGGAGCUAAAGGAUUUACCAUUCAGUGUAGAAAAUGCACCCAGAUUGAGAGUGAUUGAAUGCACAAAAAACUGGUGGAAUGAACUAAAUGACAGUGCGAAGGAUCGUCUCAGAGACCUUAACAGCUUCACUUGA